AUGUCAGUCGACGGGCGGAGCGUUUCCACGGCGCAAGAAACCCUCCAAGAUGCCAUCACCUCAACACUCGAUCCCCGGCCCAUCUCCGUGGCAGUCAAUCCGGUAGCUCUGGUCGUGACAGAAUGCAUAACCGUCACAUCGGCGAUGCGCAAGCACGCCCGCUGGGCGCACUCGUCCGUGUCUGCCAUCCUAGGCGGGUCCUCGAACAAGACGCCGGCGAUCCAGAAGCGCGACCGCGCGGGCCAGGGCAUCGUGAGCGGAGCUGGCGAGCAGGAAGAGGCAGUCCCCAGCCGAUGGGGCUUGAGGGGGAAGAAGGGCAAGAGCUUGCAGGAUAAUCCGCUGAUGUCUGCUUUUGCGCGUCUGCGCAGCGAACUCAAGGGUUGCAAGAAUAUAAGGAACUUCGAUACCCCUUCCAUGCUACAUCCUUUCCUCCAGGUCAUUCGCUCUUCGUCCACCUCCGCGCCCAUAACGUCGCUCGCGCUCAUUGCUAUUACAAAGUUCCUGUCGUAUAACAUAAUUGGCCAUGACUCCCCACGGCUCCCAGAAGCCAUGCAGCAGCUCUCAUCUGCCAUCACGCAUUGCCGUUUCGAAGCUAGCGAUUCCGCCGCGGACGAGAUCGUCCUUCUCCGUAUUUUGAAGCUCAUGGAGGGCAUGAUAUCCGGACCCGGAGGCGAGGUCUUGGGUGACGAGAGUGUCUGCGAAAUGAUGGAGACAGGACUUAGCAUGUGCUGCCAGGCCAGGUUAUCGGAGCUGCUUCGCCGGUCUGCGGAGAUCGCCAUGGUCUCCAUGUGCCAGGUCAUUUUCAAGCGCCUGAAGACAUUGGAGCUCGAGGCACCAGAAGAGCUGGAGGCAUUGGAUGAGGAACUGGAAGACGAGGAUGUCAAGGACACCGUCAGAAUGGAUCCCACCACAAAUGGAGAGACAGAAGGAUCUCCGACCAAAGUGGAGGAGCCGCAACAACCAGGCGACUCUGAGAAGAACCAAGAGGACACAGACAGCAAUGCUCCCAACCCAACGAGCAGCACACUGGAUCUAACCGUGACCGCACCGGCCCCUGAGCCCGAGAAACCCGUCGAGAUCAAGCCAUAUUCCCUUCCCUCGAUUCGAGAAUUGCUCCGAGUAUUGGUGGACCUCCUGGAUCCACAUGACAGGCAACACACCGAUACCAUGCGCGUCAUGGCUCUGAGGAUCGUGGACGUAGCGCUCGAGGUGGCAGGUCCCUCCAUAGCCAGCCACCCAAGUCUGGCGAAUUUGGCAAAGGACACACUCUGUCGACAUCUGUUCCAACUCGUUCGGUCGGACAACAUGGCCAUUCUCAACGAGUCUCUCCGAGUGGCGGGAACGUUAUUAGCAACAUGCCGAAAUGUUCUGAAGCUUCAGCAAGAGCUUUAUCUAUCCUAUCUGGUUGCGUGCCUUUUCCCUCAAGUGGAGAUACCGCAGGAGCCCGGGAUCGAGCCAACGCUGUACGAAGGCGUACCACAAGCGCCGAGCAUCAUCAAGCCUUCUCCCUCGCGCCAGAGCAGCGGCAGCGGGCGAUCGACCCCCAUUCCUGUCAAAGACAGGCAAAAGCUUGGUCUCGAGGGCGGAUCCCGCAAACCUGAUGCUCGAGAGGCCAUGGUUGAGAAUCUAGGUGGACUCGUCCGGGUGCCGUCGUUCAUGGCUGAGCUCUUCGUCAACUAUGAUUGUGAGGUUGACCGUGGCGACUUGUGCAUGGACAUCGUUGGCCUCCUCUCCCGUAAUGCAUUCCCGGACUCGGCUACUUGGAGCACGGUGAACGUCCCCCCUCUAUGCUUGGAUGCACUCCUUGGCUUCGUACAGUCGAUUGCGGACCGUCUAGAGGACGAUCCCGUGACUGAGGGCUUCCCAGAUGUGGAUGCCCUACGCGAACAGCGAGCGCGAAAGAAGAUCAUCAUCAAAGGUGCUGCCAAAUUCAACGAGAACCCGAAGGGUGGCAUCGCCUUCCUUGCCUCGCAGGGCAUCAUCAGCAACCCCGACGACCCUAAGUGCAUAGCCGAAUUCGUCAAGGGAACCACGCGAGUCGACAAGAAGGUUCUCGGAGAGUUCAUUUCGAAGCGGUCGAACGAGGGCAUCCUGAGCGCUUUCAUUGGCCUGUUCGACUUCAAAGGACAACGAAUCGACGAAGCAUUGAGGCAGCUGCUACACUCCUUCCGUCUGCCCGGCGAGUCCCAGCUCAUCGAGCGUAUCAUGACCGAGUUCUCAGACCAGUACUUCAACAACGCCGAGCCCGAAGACAUUGCGAACAAAGACGCGAUAUACGUCAUGUCGUACGCUGUCAUCAUGCUGAACACCGAUCAGCACAACCCGAACCUGAAGGGCGCGAAGCGAAUGUCCCUGGAGGACUUCUCCAAGAACCUGCGCGGCGUCAACGACGGCAAGGACUUCGACCCCGAGUACCUGAAGUCUAUCUACGACUCCAUCAAAACGAAAGAAAUCAUCCUGCCCGAGGAGCACGAGAACAGACAUGCGUACGACCACGCGUGGAAGGAGUUGCUCGUCAAGAUCAAGUCUACAACCGACCUCGUCGUCUGUGACACCAACAUCUUCGAUGCAGACAUGUUCGCAGCGACUUGGAAGCCCAUCGUCGCGACCUUGUCCUACGUGUUCAUGUCGGCUACGGACGAUGCGGUCUUUUCCCGCGUCGUCACUGGGUUCGACCAGUGUGCGCAGAUUGCUGCACAGUACGGGAACAGUGAUGCGCUGGAUCGGAUCAUCUCGUGCUUGUCGUACAUCAGUACGCUGGCCCCUGACGUGCCACCAAGUACCUCUCUGAACACGGAGGUGCAGGCGGAUAAGAAGAGCGUCAUGGUCAGUGAGACUGCCGUCCGAUUCGGACGAGAUGGAAGGGCACAACUAGCGACGGUGGUGCUUUUCCAGGUCAUCAAGGGCAAUGAGGCUUCUAUUCGCGAAGGAUGGAACCAUCUUAUCCACAUCAUGGUCAACCUUUUUGUUAACUCCCUGAUUCCACCCUACUUCCUAUCCUUCCAGAAGACGCUAGCCCUCCCCCCUAUACCACUACAAAGCCCCGCCCAAAUCAUCGACCGGGCAGAGCGCCCUGCGGAUACCGGAAUCUUCUCUGCACUUACGUCCUACGUGUCGAGUUUCGCUAAUGACGAGCCCCCGGAGCCCUCAGACCAAGAGAUUGAGUACACUCUCUGUACCGUGGAUACCGUGAAGGAAUGCCACUUUGAAGACAUCCUCGCAAACAUCAGCCAACUUCCGGUGGAGUCCCUCCGGUCGUUGCUCAUGUCUCUCUUGGAGCAGAUUCCCGAGGAUGGUUCACCGAGAGUCAUAGUGGUGAAGCCAGACUUACCCAGCGCUCCAAGCCCGCGGCCCAACGGCAACAAGGCCAAAUUGAACCGCCCCAUCUACGACCCCAGUGUCGUCUUCGUGCUCGAACUCGCGACGGUGCUGGCCCUGCGAGACGAGGAGACUGUCCGAGAACUAGCCAAGGACGUCACGGACUCUCUCGCCAGCGUAAUCAGGGAUGCCACAAAACUACAUCCCGUGGUGAUUGCACGGUCGGUGUACUACCUCCUGAGCCUGUUGAAGGCGAGCAACGACUUCGACUUCAUCCGCGCUCCAGUGCUCCUGCACACAUUCUCUAAGUUCGACGAGUCGCUCUUGAAGGAGUGUGCUUCGCCGUUGUUGAAGGGCCUGUCUGAUUGCUGUAAGGGACCGAACGGCCUCCGCAGCGAAUUGGCCAGCUCGCCUGACUUCUGGGUUAUCCUCAACACUCUUCAACGCGUGCCAGAGGCGGCAGGUGAUGUGUUCCAGCUGGUCGAGGAGCUGACCACAUCGUCACAGCCCGGCAUCACGGCGGAUAACUACGAAGCAGCGAUUGCACUGCUAGGCGAGUUUGCUACUGCGGCACAGGUUGGUGCAGCGUUGGAGCAGAGGCAUGAUCAGGCUGUACGAAGGGGGAAAGUGCCGGCCAAGACCAAGAAGCCUGAGAGCAACGAGAUCGUGGUGCGAGGAAGCACGGCCAUGACGAUUGUUUUCCAGAUGUCUGAUCGCGUCCCCAACUUCAUCGAGCAGUCCCAGUUGGAACCUAGCGAAGCAUACUGGUCGCCCAUCCUCAAAACCCUAACGCACCAAUGCCUAAACCCCUGCCGCGAGAUCCGCCAACAAGCGUUCGGGGCUUUGCAACGCACGCUCCUAUCCAACGAACUCGCAUCGCCCGAGCACAAAGAAUGGGAAGCCAUCUUCACCGAAGUCCUCUUCCCUCUCAUCAACCAGCUCCUCAAGCCGGAGGUGUACCAAUCAGACCCAAUGGGCAUGUCGGAGACGCGUCUCCGCGCCGCGACGCUGCUGUCAAAGGUGUUCCUGCACUACCUGACCAUGCUCGCCGAGGGCGACGACCUGAUGGACCUGUGGCUGAAGAUCGUGACGAUCAUGGACAGGCUGAUCAACAGUGGGCAGGGCGACAACUUGGAGGAAGCCGUUUCCGAAAACCUGAAAAACAUGCUGCUCGUCAUGUCAUCGGCAGGAUACCUCACACCACCCUCCGACGACGCCGACGGCAACGAAGACGGAGACGACGACGACAAGGCAGAGCAAGAGGAGCUCUGGACCGAGACUUGGAAGCGCAUCAACAGGUUCCUCCCUGACUUCUACGCCGAGCUGUUCCCCGAGGAGGCGAAGAAGCCGAGGAAGGAACGCCCGGCGAAGGUCGCGAAGGGGAAGGAGAGCGAGGAUGUUAAGGCGGAUGCUGGUGCUCUGGAGAAGGGUAGUGAUGAUGCGGAGGAGAAGGGGGAGGUGGAGGGUGGGGAUGAAGUGCCUGCGGCGGCGGCUUCGACUUGA